AAUUCAAAUUCCAACAUCUGCAUUGCAAUGCGUUGGGUAUCACACCUCGUCGCCUCAUGCUCUUACGACAGCUCCAGCGACCAUCUCCACGAUCGGUAGUCGCUUUAGCAGCAUGGCGACCAACACUCAUAGCCAUCGCACCGCUUCACGGUAGCAGCCGCCGACAAGAAUCCAAACCUUCCACACCCUCGUCACCCAACGAGUCCGAACCGAAGACCGACAAAGAUGACGAAGAGCAACCCAUAAACCCACCUCCAUCCCCGACCCCAUCCCUCUUCGAAAAGUUCUUCCCAGCCGAAGCAAGGCAAGCCCGCCUCGCCUCGAACCCAUGGUCGUCGCCUCUCUUCCCCUCGUUCCCCCAAACACCUCCCACCAUCCCCACCACCUCCGAUUCCAGCGACACCAGCGACACCAGCGAAACCACCACCACACCCGCGACCCCCUCAUCCGACGUCCCCCUCCGCGCCAAAUCAAUGCUCAUCCUCAGCGCCGCCAGCAGCACCCUCUCGGAACCCGACUUCCUCCGCCUAGGACCACAAGGGCGCCACGUCGAAGGCUGGGUCAACGGGAUGUCACGGGUAAUCCAAGCGCGCGACCCCGACACCCUCCGCGGGCUCGGGCACUACUUCAUCCUAUUCGACAGCGACGCCGCCGCGCUCGCCUACCAAGCCGAAGUCGCGCGGCUGUGGGAACUAGCGAAGAAGCACGCGCACUCGACCGCUCGGGGGAAACGGUGGAAUAGAGUACCCGUGCCGCUUGGACUAUUAAAGGAUGAGCUGGGCAUGGAUGUCGCGGCGCAGAUCAAGGGGUUUACGCUCGUGCCUUGGAGCCAGAUGUACCGACUGUGGCCGGCGACCGGGGCGGGGAGGGAGCGGAUCGCGGAUUUGGAUGUCCGGGACAUGUCGUUUGUGGAUCGGCUGGCGCAGCGGGCGGGCACGAGACACUUGGUUCUGGUUACGGUGGACGGGGGCCGGAUACCCGUUGAGACGCUGAGGACGGCGAUUGAGGAGGAUGGGGUGGAGAGGAAUCUGCCGUGGCGGGUGACGGAUCUGGAGCAUGGGAUCUUGCCGUUUGGGAAGAGUGUUUUGAAGAAGGCGGAUAAGGCUGCUUUGGAUCAGGUGGGUGAGGAGGGGGAGCGGGAGGUCGUGGAUGAUAGGGAGUAUAGACGAUAUCCACGUUUCAUCGUGCCUUUCAUGGAUAGCGCAGAGGCACAUCGUUUCGUUCGGGGUUGGCACCGGAGGCAGUUCUAUAUACGCUCGAGUGUCGAAGGGGAGGAUCAGGAACAGAUAUGGUGGGAUGAGACUAGGACACUGAACACCUCGGUGCUGUGGUGAAAUAUCGAGAAAUAUAGUAUACUAGCUAAAAAACCUUGUACUUGAAUCAAUCGAAGUUCAUUAUCAUUUUUA